UGGGCAUGAUGAAGCAGAUGUCAUGUACCGGAACCUUGGUUAAAGUAGAAACGAAAAGAAAAACAUUGAUAGAAAACGCUGAUUGAGUUUCAGCGAGGAAGACACUGAGGUUUGGAAGAGUCCUUGACGUCAUUUGUAGGACAUUAUAGUACGCAAUAUAUACGCGGGAAAUUUUAGGGCAUUGGGAUUGAAGAUCUGCACCUGCUUGCGUGCAAAUUAAUGAGUGAAAAGCAAGGAUUUACGUUCACCUAAAUUUAUUGUUUUUAUGCACAAAAAACCAUUGGACGACCUGAAAAUCUUCCGAUCAUCGACGUUUAAAGUAAUUUGGCCUUCGUAUAAAGCUAGAAGUAGAGACUGACGCUGAAAUUCUCAGCAGAAAUGUCUGAUAGGGUCGUUGAAAAUAGUUCUGCAGAAGACGUGAAAGUAGAAAGGGUUCUUGUCACAGGGGCAAGUGGUUAUAUUGCUUGUCAUGUCGUCAAACAAUUACUCGAAAGUGGCUCGUUUAUUGUUCGGGGCACUGUUAGAAAUCUGAACAACGAAAAGAAGGUUAAGCCUCUGAAAAAUCUGUGUCCAGGUUCAAAAUAUCCACUGGAACUAGCCGAGGCUGAACUACUGGAUGAACACUGCUGGGAAAGGGCUAUGGUUGACUGUAAAUAUGUUAUUCAUAUGGCAUCUCCUUUUCCGGCUUCCAAUCCUCGUGACGAGAGUGAAUUAAUUGAGCCAGCUGUGGAGGGAACCAUUAAUGUCUUACAAGCUUGUUCCAAGGCAAAUAUCAAAAGAGUUGUUCUCACAAGUUCCAUAGUUGCUAUAACUUCUGGUAACCUGGAUAGUAAAAGAGAACUGACUGAGGAAGACUGGUCAGUAGAAAACCAAUGUGGCCCUUACGAAAAGAGCAAACUUAUGGCUGAGAAAGCAGCAUGGGAUUUUGUCAAAAAUCUUCCAGCUGAUAAGAAAUUUGAACUAGUGGUAAUAAAUCCUGGUCUGGUGUAUGGGCCAGUUCUUCAUGGUUCCAACUGUACAAGUAUGGAGAUUCCCACAAGACUAUUGGAGAGACAGAUACCAAUGUUGCCAAGACUUCAUUUUGGUGUUGUUGACGUUAGAGAUCUUGCCAAGGCCCACAUUACUGCUUUGACUUCAGUAAAAGGACCAGGUAACAGGUAUAUUGCUGUUAAUAAGGGCAUCUGGUUGAAGGAUACUGCCAAAAUUUUGAAUGAUGAGUUCAGACCACAAGGAUAUAGAGUUCCAACAGCAGUUUGUCCAUCUUUUGGGAUGUAUGUCUAUUCAUUGUUUGAUAGUGGCAUUAGAAUGAUUUUACCAGCUCUUGGUAAAGAAAUGUCCUUGAGCAACAAAAAGAUCAAAGAAGACCUUGGAUUUGAUCCCAUAGAUGUAGAAAAAACCCUUAUUGAUAUGGCAUAUUCUAUGAUUGAACAAGGGUUUGUUAAAAAGACUCCAAAGUACCUAGGACCUCCUGAGAAUAGAUCGACAUCAACAGAUACACAACCAAGCCAAUAAGAUGGAUUUCUAAUUAUUAUUAAUAAUGUGUACUUCCAGAAAAUAUCCAUACCCCCACCCUGGAGGGAAUUUGUAAAAGGACCCCCUACCCUCAGAAACUUCCAAUUUUUUUCCAUACAAACUCUGUAUUUUUGUUCUUUCUUUGAUCCCCCUCCCCUCCAGAAUUUUCAGUUUCCUCCAUGGGUGGGUAUGGAUAUAUUCUGGCACUACACAAUAUCAUUCUUAUUGACAUACCUUAUGGAAUAGGUCAAUUUCCUAUAUCAAAACACACAUUAUUAUAUACAUUUAUAUGGGGCAGUGGUAUUAUUUAGAGGAAAACUCUAGGGAAGAAAGAGUAUGAAUGUAUACAAAAUGACAUAGCAUAUAUUAAUACGAUUGCAAUGUGGCUAUAUCUACUAUCCAUCAAUUUCUUUAUUACAUAUAUAUUCAAGUUAUUUAUGUGGGGCAUAAAUAAAAGUAUAUGAUUCUCAUUAUAAUUUAAGAAUCGAUAAUUGAAUCAACAAUUGGAAAACUCCUGUUUUUAUCAAAUUUGUACUUGUAAUUUUCUAUCCUUUAUAUUUAAAAAAUAAUUUUCUUUGACGGAUGAAAAGAAAUCCCUUUUUUCAGGCAACAAGUCAGAGUAUAAUUAUCUGUGCUGAAACUCAUCCAUAACAUUAUUAAUACUAAAUGCAUUUUGUUAUCUUGUAAAUAACACUACAUAAUACUCAAGGGAAUGACAUUAUUUUUAUCAAGACUCUGAACAUCCUUUGUUGCAUUUAGGCCUGUCCAAAAAUGAAAACAUAUUUCAUUUUCAUAGGCAACUGUUUUGAUAUUUUUGUAAUAAUGUAAGGUUUAUCAGCUACUGCUGUUGUUUCAUUUUCAUGUCAGAUAUUGUUUAUCCAAGACAUCUUUUGACCCAAGACUUUACCUUGGGGGUAAUGUUUUCCCAUUUCAGACCACAUUUCAUUCCCUAGAGAAUUGUUUCUUCGUUACAAUAGCUCUAUACAUACUAGUUGUCAAGCGUUUGUGCCUUCUAGCUGUGCUAUUAUAAUUUGAAUAAAAGGAACUUCAAACAACUU